GCUUGCUGCUCGAGCUAUAGCAACAGACCAGCACCGAUCGAGCACUUCUCAGAUUUGAUCACUCUUCCUAUUUCCAAUCUUAGUCAAGCAAGCAAGCAAGCUAGCUAACUUCCAAGAAAUAGAAAUGGCGGCCGUUGCGGCAAAGCCACACGUUUUGGUGGCUUGUGCCUUGCUGCUCCUCGCUGUGGGGUGCCAGGCCAGCCCUUUCUGGCCACUGGAGAUCGGCUACUACCACGACAAGUGCCCCCAGGCGGAGGCCGUCGUCAAGGGCGUCAUGGAGCAGGCCAUCUCCCAGAACCCCGGCAAUGGCGCCGCCAUGAUCCGCAUGCUCUUCCACGACUGUUUCGUCGAGGGCUGUGAUGCUUCCGUCCUUCUGGACCCGACCCCAUUCAGCCCGACGCCUGAGAAACUCAGCCCGCCGAACGACCCUACCCUGCGCGGCUUCGAGCUGAUUGACGCCAUCAAAGACGCCCUCGAGGCGGCCUGCCCAGGCGUCGUCUCCUGUGCAGACAUCGUCGCCU